CGAAUAUAGUCAUCACUAUUAAAUAAAAAUACUCUCUGUUUAUUUUUCGAUAAAUGUGAUCAGAAAUCUGUCUUUCAAAUAUCGGCAACUUUCUACAUUCAAAUAUUAUCACUAAAUUCAAUUAAUUUUAUAAUUCGAAAAUAAAUUUUAUUGUUACAAAAGUUUCAUAAAUUUACUCACGAUGAUGAUAUCAAUGAGGAAUAUUAUUUUGAGUGUAUGGUUCGCAAGUGUUUCUUGUUGUGAAUUCGAAAACUUCAAUUUAUCAGUAACAGAUACUCCAAUCACACACAUAAAUGUGGCUCAACUUUUUCAACUUUGUUAUGCGAAUACAUCAAAUCCUAUAGCCAUCACUGAAAACUUGGCAAAGACAUUGCACAAAAAUUUGGCCGAUACAAUAAAGGCACCUGUCAUUAUCAUCAACGAUGAAUUCAUAUCUAAAGACAUUCAACUAUACUUUCCAACCUAUCCAAUGUAUAUUUUAUCAGUGUCAAGUUAUAAGGAAUUGAACGCUCUUCUUCGCAAAUUAAUAUUUUCACCCUUCUGGAGUAUUCAAUCAACGUUUUUCAUGAUCGUCGAAUCUGUAGAAUCAUGUGAAGAGGAUUCUAUUAGAGUUUUGGGAAGACUAUGGCGGCUUGAAUUGUUAUCAUGUGUCGCAGUGUGCUCUAGUACCGGCGCUGAAACCACUCUCUAUACUUACAAUCCUUUUACGAAACGAGCUCCCGAUCCUUGGAUUGAAAUUGAGAAAAAUUGGUUAGACCACCGUCGUCGACCAGUGACCCUCUACAAGCAAUCGUUCACUAAUGAUCAUAACAUUUGUGCGAAUCUCACUUUCGAUAAAACUAAACUUCUUGAUGGUUAUCCUGGUACAAUAGCCGCGACGAAUCUUUUUAACACAGGCUUUUGCUUUCUUGAAACAUUUGCUUCUUUGAACAUGACACCGCAAUUGACUGAGUUCAGAGAUCCUACUUUAGUCGCUAGUUCAAUAAUAAAUGGUAAACGAGAUAUUAGUGCCGACUUGUACGCUGAUUAUGCAACUCAAUUUGGAGACGUAGUGCCCGUGACUUUUGAAAAUUCUUAUGUCAUAGCAACACAAAAGCGAAGUUUUCAACCAGUAUUUUAUGAAGUUGAAAAUGUCAUUGAUAUUAAUGGGGCUAUAGGGAUAUUAAUUAUUCUUCUUCUAAUUACCGUCCUGAUUAUAUUGCACAACGGGUAUCAAGUGAGAUUGGCUAUUCUGGAUGUCUUGAAGCUGUUGAUGAGUAUGGGAAUGGAUACACCUCUUGAUCGACUCGCCAUGAAAUUAACCUUCUUUACUGCUUUUUUGUUCGUUUUUAUAUUUGGUCCAGCGCUUGAGGGACAAAUAUUCGCCUCACUUGCUAGCCCGCCAUCUCAGAACGUGGAGUCCCUUAAGGACUUAUAUGAUCUAAAAUACCAUGUACAUUACAUGCAAGCGAUCCAUAAAAGUGUAUUAGGAGAGGAAUUAUGGAAAACUGAAGAGGAAAUGAAAUAUCUACAUCCCCGUCCAGCCCCUUUUUCCUUAGAGGGAUGUUUGCGACUAAUGAUGCGGGAUCCUGAAGUUGCGUGUAUUGAUAAAGAUGAAGUCAUGUUGUCUCGGUCUAUGAGAUUUCAUAUUCACGUGUCCAAAAGGGUUGUAUUUAAAACGAAUUUUUUCUAUCAUCAUCGGUUACAUUGGGCCCUGGGCAAACAAUUUUAUCAACAAUUAUUAAUGCUUCAAGAAUUAGGUCUCACGUAUGUUGAACAUUUACUGUUCGCAUGGAUUGCAACAGAUAAAAUGAAAAUGGAAGGAAGAAAAAAAAAAAUGUUAGAUCUUGACAUAAUCGACGCUGAAGAUUUGACAAAUUUAUAUAUAUUCUUGGCAUUUUUUCAGCUUCUGGCAGCCAUCAUAUUUGGUAUUGAACAUAUUUUCGCAUAUUAUCGCCGUCAAAGACGAUAGAAAUAAAAAUUCGAUAACGUCGACAAAAUUCGCCUAUUAACAAAAUCGGAUGCGCGUGACUCAAUAAAUUUGAUUGUGUAGAUUUUCUCCAUUCAACCGAUUCGUAUGUUUUUUUAUUUAAAUUAAGUUAUUUAUCAACAGUCAACUGUUAUAUUUUGUGAGAAUUAACGCAAAAGCUUCACCAUUAGAUGUGA